AUGGACUCCCUUUCGCUCAACGCCUCGGGGUACCUCGCGAUGACGGCCCGGCUGGGCUUCACCACGACGCCCGAGGUGCGCAUCGGGCCGGGCCCGCCGUACACGACGCCGUCGCUGCAGGUCAACCUGUUCUUCCGCGUGUUCCUGGGGGUCCUCGGCGUGGCCAUCACGGCGACGCCAGCACGGCUGCUGUGGCGCAGUGGCGAGUUCGCGGCCACCGUGUUCUGCGUCGUGUCCAUGGUGCUCAACACGAUAUAUGUGGUCAACGCGCUGAUCUGGCGCGACAACAACGUCGCCGAGUGGUGGGCCGGCGACGGCUGGUGUGACGUCCAGACCUACAUCUACUUCCCGCUCAACAUGGCCUUCCACGCCGCGCUCUUCGAGAUCAUGCGCGGCCUCGCCGCCAAGGUCGCCCUGCAGCGGGUUACGAGCCUGACCCCCCGCGAGCGCCGCCGCCAUGGCCUCGUCUCGGCCGCCGUCAUCUUCGCCUGCCCGCUGCUGCAGGUUACCCUCACAUUUUUUGUUAUCCUUAUCCGCUACAACGUCUCGCCCCUGAUCGGGUGCACCGCCUUCUACGACCCCGACUGGGUGUUUCUGGUCUUUUUUGUGCUGCCGCCCGUGUUCGUCACGAUAGGGGCAUCCGCAUUGGCCGGUGAGUUUUCUUGUCUUUCUGUCUUGUGUUUUCUUAUCCGUGCUUUAGCUGACUAG